AUGCUGCCUCUACAGUGUAGGAUAUGCAAAGACCUCUUGCACAACCCCGUCACCCUCCCAUGUGGAUUCACUGCCUGCCAUGCAUGUCUGCCACCCUUGCAGUCAAUCGCUUUCCGCCAGCAGAUUCACUGUCCCUUUCCCGCCUGUGCUCGCUCCAACAUCCAUUCGGCCGACCAGCUCUCUAUCGAUGUCACCCUCCAAAGUCUCACCACGGCCUGGCGCGCUGCCUGUCUCCAGCAGGACCCUCAUACCGGAGCCCUUUCGUCUUCAACUUCUUCCGCUUCCUCAGCCCACGUCGCUGUUGCUCCCUCUACCCACAAGGACCUCGAUAGCUCUUCUGAGCCGGCGCCGAUCCCACAUUUUUACCAAAACGUUCCUCAGGUCAUGGAAACACUUCAGCCCAAGAUCCAGCAGGAGACCGAGUGUCAAGUCUGCUUCCUUGUCUUUGACCAACCCCUCACUACGUGUUGCGGUCACACCCUCUGCAAGAGCUGCCUCAUCACUUCGCUCGAUCACAACCCCAGCUGUCCGCUCUGCCGACGUAAGCUGCCCCUCUACAUGUUCUAUCACAACCAGCCGGUCAACAAGGCCCUUGUUUGGCUAAUUAAUUUCAUGGUUCGCCAAAGCGCUGAAAACGACAUCGAUGGGCCCUCCGAUUUUGCGACAGCAACAACCACAAGCCCGGAGGAACAACGCGAUCUCGAUCCGAACUUGGCUGUGACCCCACUUUUUAUCAACUCGCUCAUAUUCCCUCGGAUGCCCUGCUACCUCCUGGUCUUUGAACCUCGUUACCGAAGGAUGCUCCGAAACAUCCUCAAGACCGAGAGCAAGGUCUUUGGCAUGGUCCUCCCGCCCCAACAGCGGAAACAGCACCGAUACGUCAUGGACGAGGCCGUCACCAGGUGGGAGCCGAGUCGAGAGUACGGGACAUUGCUCAAAAUUGUGUCGCUGGAACUCUUGCCCGACGGACGUGCCUUGGUCGAGACUAUUGGACUGUCGCGUUUCCAGAUCCUCACUUAUUCGAUGCUCGACGGCUACUACACGGCCACCGCAGUGGAACUGAUUGACGACAUUUCAGAGGAGCAGGAGCGAGGGCAGGAAAAGGCGGUCAUGGAUGUUGCUUCGCUUCGGCUGGAGCAAGUACAACGAUCCAUGACGAACGGCCGUGACGGAUCAGCUGACGCAUUCUCUGCGUAUCGGGAUAAGGACAAUGCCAUCGACAGCAACACUGACAGCGACAAAGGCGAAAGUAGCGGAGACGAGGACACAGAACAGCUGUUGGACCGGCGGCGGAGCAGGAACGGUCAAAGAUCGUCGCCCCUUUCAACUCUUUCGCCUUCAUUGACCCGUUCAGAGCAAUCUGUACCGACAAAUACGGAUCCAAUCUAUCCGCGUUUUACAACAUUAUCCUCAGCGGAUGCUUCGAGUUCCUCACAGCCAUCAAGGACUGAAGAACAACCGCCUGUAUAUGCCAAGCAUGAGGAGGAACAGGAGGUGGUUUUGGGCCUAAAGGAUCUACACAACGUGGAGCUAGAGUUGAUCUCACAAAAGCAACUGAUGCAGAUCCUUCAAGGAUUUGUAUCCCACAUGCAGAAUCGACUUGGUCCCUUGGCAACACAACGCCUUGAGCGGGAGUUUGGCGAGAUGAUUGAGGAUGACGGACGGUCGUUUUCUUUCUGGGUCGGGUCGAUCUUGCCGGUUCAUCAGGAUCAAAAGUAUGAGUUGCUGAAGCAGAUAUCGGUGCGACAGCGACUUCAGACGGUUCUGGGCUGGAUCCGGGAGAUUGAAGCUCGUCGCUCUCUUGCCGUAUGCAGCAUUCAAUAA